UUCCAUUUCCAUUUCAGCGUUCCAUUUCGUUUCGCCCCAUCCCCUUUAGCUUCGACAGUUCGACGUUCACAUUUCCUAAUCCCUUCGGCCAUAAGAUUCCGGCGACCUUUACACUCCGGCGGCCUUUGCACAUUUAGAUCGUAAGUUCGACGGCACGACACAUUUGCAGAUCUUAAGAUCAUUCAUCUCUGUUUAGGAUUUUUCGAGCCACAAUGCAGAGCUUGAACUCAUCAAGUGAAGAACGCAGAUUAGAAGUUCGAAAAUUAGAGAUCUCCGACAAGAACAAAGGUUUCAUUGAGCUAUUGCAGCAACUAACCGUUUGUGAUUCAGUGUCCGACAAGGAUUUCGAAGACAGGUUUCAGGAAUUGAGCGCCCUUGGAAACGACCAUAUUAUUUGUGUCAUAGAGGACGAUCGAUCGGGGAAGAUCAUCGCCACUGGAAGCGUUUUCAUUGAGAAGAAAUUCAUAAGAAACUGUGGGAAAGUAGGGCAUAUCGAAGACGUAGUGGUGGAUUCGAGUGCUCGAGGGAUGCAAUUGGGGAAGAUAAUCGUAGGGUUUCUUACGAAUCAUGCUCGCGAAAUGGGAUGCUAUAAGGUAAUUCUUGAUUGCAGUGUUGAGAAUCAAGGAUUCUACGAGAAAUGUGGGUUCAAACAUAAGGCGAUUCAAAUGGCGAAAUACUUCAAUUGAAGUAGAACUCAUGCCAAUAAUUGGGUUUCGAUUUCGACUAUGGAAUUGUAAGUGGAUUUGUCUUUUGCUUUCAUGAAUUUCUUCAAACUCAAAUUAUUUGGGUCA